CCGAGGGAGGGCGAGGACGAUUUGAGCGCGAGGAGAGUCGAUCUACGAUAAAAGGAUCCAACAGAUAAUCGCGUGAUAAUCGGAAUAGUCCGUAGAUCACAUCGCGAUCGCGAGUGGACGUUCGUCAAAACAUUGGAGCGCGGGAAAUGGCGAGCCGAUCCGCCUCAGGUGGCACGAUUUCUGCAAGCUCUCGCUCGCCUUGUCUUCUCGUUGGAAUGCUAACGGUUUGCCGACUCUCGCCAUACUCGUUGCAAUCUAAACGAGAUAGGCCAGUUUUUCUCGGAUGACUCAGUCGUACAUGUUUAAUUUCGUGACGGCGAUAAGACGACGCUUGAUACCGUCGAAUGGGAAAAAGAGUUUGACCUCGAACGACAUUCGUCGGUAUUGUUGUCGUCUUCACGCUUAAUCCUCGCGCGCUCUUUCUUCCCCGUUGUCCUUUUGCUUUAAGUUUACGCCCACAGGUGUGUCACGAUCGUUACAGCAGAUCGUGACACGGUUCACGAUUUCGCGCUCGUUGCGUGGCGAUGAAAAGAGCCUGCUGCUUUUUGCGAAUGCGCGCGUGUCGUUGUUUCGGUGCUUUUCGAACUGGCAAUUGUCCACUUUUCAGAGUCGACAAAUGACCGACGUUUAUUUUUCCGAUUAUUCAUCGUCGGUAUGUAUGUGUGCUUGAUAAAUGAGUGUUAAUUUCUAAAUAUUUAUUGUUACUCGGUUUACGUCGGUGAGAUGCGCGGCCCCGAGAAAGUUUGUUCAACCAUUUCAUCAUAUGUGAAAAUGUGACCUACAUUGUGUCAAUAUUUAUCGACAACACGCGGAAUAUGUUGUUAUCUAUAAAGUUAUCUCUGUCACUCCUAAUAUUGACAAUUCUUCAAUAUUUGUCAGCGUCCGUUUGAUAAUUUAUCAGACGACUAAUGAUAAAUAUUAAUAAUUUUUCACUAUUUUUUUUCUAUUUUGAGCAUGUGCUUCUUAUAUUUUCAAGCGAAUAUCGCUGGAACGAAUUUUUUCCCUUCUUUUUAGUAAUUUUCGCAUCCGCAGGUGCGAAUUAUAGUGCGCAGGUGCAUGCGUACGCGCGAGUCCUUGAAUGCAUGUGAGUGAUGUAAGAUGAAUGAGGCGAUACGCGCUCGUCGCGAUGACAAAUCUGUCGUGACGUAUUCAAUAAGAAAAAUCGAAUAGUGUGACGAUAAUGCUUAAUAACAAUAUUUUCUAUUCGCAUUAAUAUUAAAAAAAAAUUAUUUCAAUAUUAAUGCGCGCCUUAUAAAUGGAUGGAGACAAUAAUGAUUCAACAUAAAAAUAAAAUAAACGAAUCACAGAUGUCAUGAAUUACGUAAUGCGACAUAAAAUCGUGAAUAUAUAUCCAAGUUAAAAAUACAGUAAUGUGUUUUGUUAUAUCUUUAAACGUGCUUUACAUAAGCGGCACUAUAUCCUCCGGAUUUCAACUUCGCUCGCGAGAGCUAAUAAUCGCAUGCAAAAUCGUUUAACUUACGCCGAUCAAUUAUGUAUGCAUAUUAACUCUGGUUAACGUUACGUUGCACAUGCAAACAUUAACUUAACUUAGAGAGCGUAUAACUUGUUGCCCGUCCUGCAUUUUAAUCCUAGGAGCCUACCACAUUCGAUGAACGCAGACAAUGCACCGAAAAACCAAGGAAUUCCCCGUGAAGGUUAAAUGAAUCAUAUAAGAAACAAAUCAUAUAAGAAAACAAAGAGUCUUGAGCGGAAGCGGAGCAAUCUCUCUUCGAUUUUCUCUUCGAUUUAAUCUCCACUUUUCUUUGUUAUUCGCGCUAAAAUUUUGUUGUCCUAUUUCGCAAUCCUGUUCGCCGUAAUGUUUAAUUUAUAACACAAUAGAUUAUAAAUUUAAUAUGAAUUAUUGCUGGUUUAGUAUGAAUUAAUGGCGUGGAACUCCGUGUUACAUAAAAUGUAAUGCCGUCGCGGAUCUCAUAAGAUAAUAUUUUAAUGUCUUUGGGGAAUUUUCCUUUGGGGACGAAAUACCGUGUUUCUUUUUCAUCUCUUCAUCCUUUCCUUGCGAAAAACGUGUGGCGCGUAGAUACGUACGUCAAAUCGAGCAAAUGCAAAAUGCAAACACAUGCCAUAAGCCUACCUUCAGACAGUUGUGUUGAUAGUGCAUCGAUCGAUAGUGACCCAAGGGUUACGUGAGUUCGAACGACGAGGAUGAGCGUAAGUUGCAUACGAGGAUAUUCGUUGUCAGAAAUCCAGAAACGCGUGUAAGCUUCGAGGACGGAUUGAAAGCUCUGUUUCCGCGAAGAGAAGCCUAAACAGGAAAGUUAGAGCGAGCUUCAUGAAUAAUUGAAGAACGGAGAACACGGGAUUAUCAUAAUGCGUGAAUGACGCCGAGAGAAAUCCUCAUCAAGGUUCUUGCGCGCGGACCGCGCGCAAGAAACGAUGCGGUAGCCGAUAAACCGCCGGUUUUCCACGAAGAAAGGUGUCCCGGAAUAAUCAGGCUGGGAGUCGUUGCGCUAUUCACCUGCUACGUGUUCGGAAGCGGUAGAGUUAUCAAAGGACGAUCAGAAGGAGAACGAGCAGGGUUUGAAAGAGCCAGUCGCCCCGGUGAGUGUCGAGAUGGGUUGCUGCGGUUGUGCGGACGAGCCUUCGUCCAAAGUGGAACCCACGACACCUGAGAGUCGAGGCUCGCCAUCGAAUUAUUCAGAGCAGAUUUUUGUGAAGGACCGAUCAUGUACCGAUAUUCUGGCCUUGAUCAUUAUACUCGCUCUCGUGGGUGGUUUCGCCUUUAUGAUGACGAACGUGGUGAAGAAGGGUGACAUUUACCGCGUGAUAUAUGGAUACGACAAUUGCGGAAACGUCUGCGGCCGCGUAACCUCGUAUGAGCCGAAUGACCCGAAAUUCCAAUGCAAGGGUGGCGACUACACCAAAAAACCGUAUCUCGAAAUUAAUAUCCAACCGAACGGAGUGAAGGACCGACAGUGUGUGGCAAACUGCACGGUGGAUGACUCCAAGAUGUUAUUUCUGAAUCGCUGUGUGCAUAAGAAGGUGACCGAAACCAUUAACUCUAUAAUAAGAACCCUUCGUUUGGACAGCGUUUACAACGAGGCUGUUACUGAUCUAGGAAUCGCAUGGCGCGAAUUGAUUUAUCUUUUACUGAUAGCAUUGGCACUUUCCCUUGGUAUUCUGGUGGCCUUCCGCUAUAUGGUACAAUAUGUCAUUUAUAUCGUAUUGAUCGGCGCAGUUGUUGCUUGCAUCGGUGGCACGACGUAUCUCUGGAUAGCAUGGUAUCAAGAAAAGCAGAGUCUGAGUAAAGGUGACAUUUAUGAGGAGGAUUCCAGCGUGGAGCCCUAUUUCGUAUACUCUAUUAUUAUGUCGAUCGUUACUGUUAUCGUACUCCUAGUGAUUCUGGUGAUGAGGAAGAGAAUCGAGUUGGUCAUGCAGCUUUUCCGAGAGGCGGGUAAAGCUGUGUACUCGAUGCCGGCACUACUAUUCCAGCCGAUCUAUACAUACCUGCUUAUUGGCGGCACAGUAGUGGCAUGGGUUUAUUGUAUGUUAUGGAUUGAGAGUGCUGGUGACAUUUACUUAAAUAGAAAAAAUCACAUUCAUUUCAAAAAAGACGCAUUAAUCAUUGCGACUAGAUGGUAUAAUUUGUUUUUAUUCUUCGUGGCAUGUGAAUUCUAUUUGGGCUGCCAACAUAUGGUCGUUGCGUGUGCCGUUGCUCGAUGGUUUUUCACGAGGGAUAAAAAACGUCUUUCCUUACCAGUAGCAAAAGGUUUCGGAUAUCUUCUAAAAUAUCAUAUGGGUACUGUUGCCUUCGGAGCGUUGAUAAUAGGCAUUGUUCGACUAGUUAGAGCCAUGAUAUCUUUCGUUCAAAAGCAUUUAAAACGUUACGACAAUAGUUUCGUGAAAGGAAUACUAUGGUGUUGUCAAUGUUGUCUCUGGUGUUUCGAAUGUGCUUUAAAAUUUCUCAGUAGAAAUGCUUAUAUUGAAACAGCCAUAUACGGAUGCAAUUUUUGCACAGGCGGGAAAAAGGCAUUCCAAGCUUUGUCCAGCAACAUUUUACGAGUAGCGGCGAUUAACAGCGUCGGUGAUUUCGUCCUAUUUCUCGGUAAAGUCCUCGUCGUCACUCUUACGGUUGUUUCGGGAAUCUAUUUGAUGCAGGUACAGAAAAAAGAUGGUCUUAAUCAUCCUUGGAUACCAAUUACCCUCGCGGGGAUAUUUGCAUUCCUAGUCGCGCAUUGUUUCAUAUCCAUUUACGAGAUGAUUAUUGACACGAUAUUCAUAUGCUUCUGCGAGGACUGCGAAAAGAAUGAUGGCAUCAGUCGACCUUAUUUCAUGAGCCGCGGCUUAAUGGAAUUCGUGGAGAAUAGUAAGAAAGCUUUAAGACAACUGGAAGAACAAGGUGCUGCGGCUACAUAACAAGUAUUAAAAAUAGCUCUUCCUAUUUUGAAAUCGUGAAUUCUUUCAGAAAUUCGACCGAUAUAACAAGCAGCGUAAAAAUUUUACGCUAAAAUUUUUUUCAUAAAAUAUUGGAUAUUCUUAUUAUAUAUGGAUCUUCGGAAGAUAAUCAUAAAAUUGCGGAAAUUCCAUUCAGAAUUUCCGCAAUUUUCAAUAUACGUACAAUCCGUCUUCUCUUAGCACGAUAAUCGAAGAUGUUCCAUACCAAUGAAGUGUGACGAUGCACAAUCGGUCGUUUCGAUCUAUCCAACAGACUGACUACGAUUGCGAAGAAUGUUAGGAAUCAUUCUAUUUUCGAAGUUCCUAUUUCUAAAAAUAUUUUUUAUAUGACAAGAUAGCUUUUCUAUAUAAAUUUAGUCGAGAUAAAUGCAACAUUCGUACAAUAGCUCUUGCGAAUACGUUGAUUUGGCAGCCUGGACUUACGUGUAUCGUCUUGGUCGACAAGUAAGUGAUGAUUAGCGAACAAAUUAAUUUGUAAGAUGAUUAUUCUACAUUCUUAGAGCAUAAGUUUACAUAUAAUAAUUAUAUCGUUAUGAACA